GUAUUCCGAAUGACCAAAAUGGCCGCGGCCAUGCAAGGUGUGAGAAAUUUGACAUUUUGUCGGCUAAAAGUCUUACGACCAAUGUUCUUUCAUUCAACGACGAAGUCAUAUAGAAAAAGAACUGCAAAAGGGAAAAAUAAGGAUGAAGCAAACAUAGCAGAAAGGAAUGACUUGUAUCGAGACAUGAUAACCGAACGUCUUCAAGAAGCAGACAGAAGUCUUCUGUUACAGUUGAAAAGCAAAGACCGGUUAGCUAGUGUCCUGGCGCAUGUAGAAACAAAGAUCGGGCAAAUUAAUAAAGGAUUUUAUUUCAAGAACUACAGUUCUAAAAGCAAAGAUUUGGUAUUGAUAGAGUUUUCAAGUGAUAAAAUGUUACAGUCAAAUGCUGAAACUCGUGUACGAGGUACAAAACAGUUGAAGAACAUGGCGAUACCACAGGAGGAUAGUUUGAUGGAAAAAAUAACGACUUAUGAGCAUAAACCAUUUUGUUGUACAGCACUUAAUGAUUGUGUAGAUGUGUCGGAUCAGAUAAGAUAUUUAUACAAAACAAGGACAAUGUCCGAGGCUGUAAUUAGAUUGCAAUUCUUCAUUUGCAUGCUAAUUGAAAAAAGUUUAGAAGCAGAAAUAGAUGGGUUAAAAGUUCUUCCAUUUGGCUCAUGGUCAUGUGGAUUUGCACUAGACGGCACUUCUGACGUUGAUGUUUCCAUUGUUCACAACCAUGGUAAAGGAAUAUUGGGGCAUGUGUCACAUCUUUUUGACAAAAGUUCAUUAUUUGAUAAAAUAGCUUUUAUUAGUAGGGCUCGAGUGCCAAUAGUUAAAUUGAUUCAAACCCAGACAGGAGUGUCAUGUGAUAUUUGCUCUAAUGGGCUGGCUGGAUUAUACACGGCAGAGAUUUUAUAUCUACUAAAUAUGUAUGCAGAUGUGUUCUGUCCACUUACCCUGGCAGUAAAGGUGAUUGCGAAACAGCACAGUUUGUCAGAAUCGGGCAUGAGUUCAAAAUAUUCGAGCUUUAUGCUCACAAUGAUGGUUUUGUCAUACUUGCAACAAGAGGGCAUCUUACCAGCACUGAAAAAUCUCAACAUGGAAAGGCAUAGUCGAUCAUCUGAUUCGUUAAAAAAAUGGAAGGAGACUAAGUUUAGGACACCAAAACGUAGAUUGACUAAUAUUUGCCCUGAAAAAGAUUUGGGAGAAUUACUAGUGGGAUUUUUUCAGUAUUACAGGACAUUUCCAUUUAAACAUCUUAUUAUGGACCCGUACUUUGGCAAAGUUGUUGAAAGUGCUCAUUCUGACCAUGUUUGUAUAAUCAACCCGUUUGAAUCAGACCAUAAUAUAUGUAGAAAUGUAAGUUAUACAGAAGUAAACAGAUUUAAGGAUGCGUGCUCCAAAUUUAGCGAGGAUCUUGUGGCGAAUGCACGGAAAACGAGUGAUGGAACAUGUUGGGGAUUGGCUUCCAUUUUGCAGGAGAAAAAGUUUCAAUUGAAGGAAAAAGCGAAAUUAAGGACAAACAUAGAUAUGUUUUACAAUUUUGACUACGAUUCUAUUGAUGAUGUUUACGUGAGUAUGGACGGGGAAAAUGACUCUGUAUUUUUUGAUGGAAAAGCUGUAAAUGGAGAAAAUUUAGGACCUAAUGAUGUCAAACAAAAACAAGUUAAUGAUAGUGUAGAUCAGGAUUUAUUUAAUAAUGAUCCGUUUUUUUCUAGAAGCAGAAGAGGGAAUAAAAAUAAGAAAAAAAGAUAUUUAAAUAAACAAGAUACUGGUGUAAAAAACUCAUGAAACAAGCAACAAAAACAAGCAGCAAACUGAAAAUAAAAUUAAUAUGACAAAUGAAAACGAGAAGAAGUUUUUCGCCUGGUUGGUGGUAAGGGGCUUCUGCUACCCUAGUGACAUCUAGUGUCUUUAAAGUAUCUCCUUGGGUACCUACAAAGCUUUAAUGCUAUCAUGUUAUUAAAGUGUGCAACUAAUUUCUUUCUUGCCACAGACUAAAACAGAUAAAUGUAUGAAUGAAUAAAGAACCUAAAACGUGGAAA